AGUCUGGUUGUGCCGUGAUGAAGACCUCUGAUAAAACGAUCAGCAUCACCGAGGGAGUGCAGAUUUCUCGCCUCAUCCCCGAGCAGACGACCUCCUACCGACUUACUUCACGUCACCCCGCCCGUCUGCCUGCCGUCUCCUCCUUUAAACCAUCUGCUCCGAUCAGCCCUUUGAGGGAAUCCGGACUCAGACGAUAAACAUACUCGGAGAGAAAGUGGAUAGAGCCACAACACAGACUCCAAACCUCACCUAGACUACAUGCUCCAACUGGAGGAGAACAGAGAGGAGAACGCACAGCGCACAAGUGCAGGCGCGUCCCCUUGUGCCACCAGAACAAGGAAUCAGGCGGGCAAAGAGAGCAGAAAUUAAUUGGAAUAAGAGUUCACCUCGACAAGUCUUUUGGGGAAGCGCACAGCUUAGUUAGAAGACAGUCUAAAUGAGUACAUGGUAAGAAGAGUCAUGCAUCUCAACAGAGAAGAAGACGGCAGCAAAGGCUCAGUUUCACUCAGUGUAUUCCUACUCUCUGUUGCAGUCCUAGUAUGUGCCGUUUGGCUCGUAGCUUUAUGUGGCAUCUGCACCUGGUGUCAACGUGUACUGGGGAAGAGGAAUAAACCAGGGAUGGAAGCUGCCAGCUCUCCAGAUUCUGUGAGAGGUCGAGGGGAAAAUAAAGCCAUCAAUGAUCUUGACAGAGAUUUUUGGAAUAACAAUGACAGCAGCAACGUGCAACAGAGGUGGAGCUCCUACCCGCCCAAGGAGUUCCUUCUAAAUAUGUCUCCCUAUGCUCCCUACGGAGACCCUCGCCUCACUCCCAAUGGGGCUGUGGAUAAGGGUGGGCAGGGCGGAGCUGGACCCUCACCAGGGGCCAGUGACAGCGGGGGUGGCGCUUGCUCCAGUACAGGGGCGGGACCAAGUCGCAGUGACAGCAUUCGAAGCAUGGUGACGGGGGGCAGCAAGGCCGGGCGCUGGCAGACGAUCCAAAGCCACAUGCAUGCCGGAGCCCUGCGGUUUAGCAAUUUCGGGGACACCUCCCUCUCAUCUGCCUCCACUCUGGAGCACAUCCCGUCCUCUGCUGUCGCGCGCCCCCGCCCUCUGGUCCGCCAGCAGAGCCUCCAACAGCCCCUCACUCACCAGCCCCCUCCGGGUCCCAACGACCCCCCGGUCACCUCACAGAGUCUGGGCCAGCUGCACACAGGUCCAGGCGCCGGGGGCCACCGUGGGGGCCCACGGGGGGUCCGGGGGAGUCCGGCUGGAGCUUCCAGAUAUAGAGGGACAGGGGCUGGCCGGUCACGGUCAAAUCCAGGAAGCUGGGACCACAUGAUGGAGCAGAUUCGCCACAGAGGUCUGGACGUCAAGUCAUUCCUUGAGGGGAAGAUGGUUGUUCUGUCUCUAGCAAUCGGGCUGGCUGAACAGGAUGACUUUGCCAACCUUCCAGAUCUCCAGGAAGCUCCGGCAAGCAAAGAAAAUGAAACCACACCAGACAAAAGAACUCCAGGAAACAAACCAGGCAGCAGCCCCAGAGGUCAGACCCCAGAUGAAACCGGACGUCGCCAAGGGCAGAACCACGAAGCCAACUCUUCUGGCAACGACUUGGCCAACUCAGUCACCAGUGACAUGCUUAUGCUGUCACCAGGUUCUGAGGAGGACGAACACGAGGGUCCAGUGUGUGAGAAACUGGGUCGAAUCCAGUUCAGUGUUGGAUACAGCUUUCAGGACUCCACUCUCACUGUCAAAAUUCUCAAGGGCCAAGAUUUGCCUGCUAAGGAUUUUUCAGGCACGUCUGAUCCUUUUGUGAAAAUUUACCUGCUCCCAGACAAGAAGCACAAACUGGAGACUAAAGUCAAGAGGAAGAAUCUAAACCCCCACUGGAAUGAGACAUUUUUAUUUGAAGGCUUCCCAUAUGAAAAGGUGGUUCAGAGGACUCUAUACCUGCAGGUUCUUGACUACGACCGAUUCAGCAGGAACGACCCCAUAGGGGAGGUGUCCAUCCCCCUCAACAAGCUGGACCUGGCCAACAUGCAGACUUUCUGGAAGGAACUGAUACCGUGUAGUGAUGGCAGUGGAAGUCGAGGGGAUCUCCUGGUGUCCCUGUGCUAUAAUCCCACAGCCAACACUAUCACUGUGAACAUCAUCAAAGCACGCAACCUCAAAGCCAUGGACAUUGGAGGCACUUCUGACCCCUAUGUAAAAGUGUGGUUGAUGCACAAGGACAAACGCGUGGAGAAGAAGAAGACAGUGGUAAUGAAACGCUGCUUGAACCCUGUUUUUAACGAGUCCUUUCCCUUUGACGUGCCGGCCCACGUGUUGAGGGAGACCACCAUAAUUAUCACUGUCAUGGACAAGGACAGACUCAGUCGCAAUGAUGUCAUUGGAAAGAUUUAUCUUUCAUGGAAAAGUGGCCCUGCAGAGGUAAAACACUGGAAAGACAUGAUAAGUCAUCCUCGUACCACCGUGGCCCAGUGGCACUCUCUGAAAGCCUGAGGGGCCCAGCAGCCAAACUGCCUAAAGUGUCCCCUCCCCCCACCGAGAAGUCAGUGUGAGCGUCUCAGCACACAUCCCUAAAUGCAGCAUUGGGCUGUAGACCAUGUAUUCACCUCUUUGUUCUCAGGCCUCUUUGAUAUUCCUCGCCCUCAGUCCUUGUGAAUCAGCCCUAAGAUUGCACCCUCUUGUCAAGUUCUGAUUGCCACCUGACUCCUUCACAACGGUGUGUCUGAACUUAAAAAUGUCUUUGAUGUCUUAGCUCCCUUUUGCCCUUCUUCUAUACCAUUUAUUUCUCAAGAUAUCUCUCAAUCUUUCUUCCAUCAUAUCAGCCAUUCCUAGAGUCUAACAUCAGAGCAGCUGCUCUUGCUGCCCAUGGGUACAAACUACCAACCAAAAAUGAAUCAAACUGAUAGUCAAAUCAUCCUCUGUGGCAGCAAGAGGGACUGUGUUUGAGAGUGUGACCUGUGGGAAUCAUGUACCACCUCACGUCCGAUGUCUACACUUCCAUUUUCGUCUCUGAUCCUUCAUAUCCUCAAAAUGCCUAAAAAAACAAAAUCAGGAAACGGACACAGGCAAUGAAGAAGUGACAGACUGAAUUUCAAACAGACUAGAAGUGGAUUCUGUUGUUAAACUUUUCUUUGAUCAUUUUCCCUUCUCACUGCCACCACUGUAAUAAUUCUCCCCUGGCUGGAACCCUUUUGUCGUCUGUGCGUGAUGUGAGUGACGUGCCGUAAUCCCAAAUGAUGUUCUUCAACAAAAAAAAAGGGGUAUGAACAUGAACAUUUAACACUGGUCUGAAAAGGCGAGUGUGGAAAAUAUUUUUCUUUUAUAAAAGAAAUCCCUCUGGACCAGAAAAAGUGAUUAUUGUAAUUUUUCUUUAUUUUUUAUGUUUUUAAAAAAUGUUCCUUCAGACACGAAAAAUAAGCAAAAAGCCUCUUCCAUCUGUGUGGUAGUGUGGAUAAAUGUAUGUGUGAGGGAGUAUUUUAGACCUGCACUGCUCAAUUAAAGAUAUUAAUGAACUCAAAAUUCCCCUUAUCAUGAUGGUAGAUUUGGUAAAAGAUAUUAAAAACGGACGUUUGCUGAAUUUUCUGGAAGGACACCAAAAUUAUAAAUGCACAUAUAUCCAGAACUUUGUAAAUGCCACUUAAAACAAACUAAAGCAUUUUUAUACUUGCAGCACCUUUGAACCUGAUAAAGAUGUGUAAAACUCCUUCAAGUAAAUUAUUGUUUUAUUGCAGCAGCAAAAUUUGCUGCAGUUUACUAACAAUCAUGUUUGAAUGUUCUUUUUACCUCCCUUAACCAUCCUGCACACAAAGAGUGGUGACUGAAGAAAAUUAGGCCCUUGUCCAGGGUUGUUUGGCACAGUUCCAGUUGGUUUAAACAUUUUAAUUAUUGCUAUUAUAUGUAGUGUAUAUAUGAGCAAAUUUAGGUGAGUAACUAUUUUCCUGUAGCCAUUUCUUGAUUUGUAAAGAUCACACAUCAGCCUUACCUAAAUAGCAUGUUUUCUUGUGUUUUCCAUUUUUAAAAGUGACUUAGAAAAUCAUAUUUGUUCAUAUAUUUAUGUUAAAAUAGGAUUUUUCCCCAACUGAAUGCACAAAUGCACUGGAUUUGUUACUACUAUAAAAUAUACAUUUAUUUAAAGGUUGUUUACUCAUCUUUAUCAGGUUUUCAGUUAAUUGUGAACUGCUGUGUAUGCCAUAAGUGUGAUCUGUUAAAAAACAAUUAUUGCAAUGACCUAAAUCACCUCAGUAUCACAUCAUAAUGAUGUUAGUGAUUUCUUAGUAAAGAGUGCAAAACUUAAUGCUUACGUUUUUUAUAAAACCGGUCAAAUUACAUAGGAUGUUUGUGGGUGUAUAGUUGAAACAAAUUUGUCAUCUUGGCAAAAUGACGGAAAUCCAAAUAUAUUUUUAACACAGUAAUUUUUUGUCAGUUUUAAAAAAAAGGAAAAAAGUCUUAGCAUGAUAAUAAUGUUUUUUUGUGUAUGUUUAUUUGUAUAGAUCAUAAUGCAUUUAAAUACAAAAACACUGCCAGCGUGAAGCAACAAACAAACUAAAAGAUAGAUGAAAAACUGGAUAUUUAAAGCAAGAGUUGAAACACACCCUAAUGGCAACAGAUGAAGUAAAUAAGUCAUUAUUUAAUUUUGCAAGAAGGUUAGUUUUAUCUCAGGAAAGUUGAUAUUAAAAUGCCAAAAUGACACAAUAGAAAUUAUUGAAUCAAUCCACCGGAAUAAAAAUUUGUUCCUGACAGAGAAAAUUGACUCACGGUCCUUUUUUUGUUCUUCACUGCUGAUGUUGAGCUGAUGUUUUCCUCUUUGAGACAAUGUUCUCAAAGUCUAUAGAGAUGCAGUAAAAAGGAAAAAUCAAAGUACAUGUUUUGUACUUCUCCUUUUCUUUUCUUGUUCGGUAAUUUCAUACGAACUGACGGGCUAUAAAAACAGGAAGUAAAUGACCAGAGAGUAAAUUGUGGCAUAAUUACACAUUCCAAUAACUUAAAACUACACUGAUGCACUGAGCUGUGCCUUAAAGCACAGAGUACUGCAGUGCCCAGACUUAGUUAGAGCUGAUUUUAUGUUGGGCUUGGGGUCUGAUUGAAGUACAGGUCAGCCUCCUAGGUGUGUGUUUUACUGGCUGAGCUUGACCUCCAUCAAGUCCCACAUAGGCACGUAUUGAUCACAUGAAUGAGAACAAAUGAGACUAAUAAAAAUCUGAGGGGAGUACUUUUACAUUCCGCAGUUUGUGUUUGUCUUCUGGAGGUGUGUACGUGUGUCUGCGCUUUGUGUGACUGUCGAUAUUUGGACUUUUUACUCUCUGUGUGCAUCUACAAUGAGUUAGAAUUUGCCAUUUUGACACUGAUCUGCAUUGUUUACUGUUUUUUAAUCCUGUAUAAACUCAAAUGUAAAAAGGCAAGUGUUGUUUUUUUGUUUUCUUAAAGAUUAUCCGUUUUUGUAAGACUCACUGCACUUGUUAACGACAAUUCUGGAGCAAACCUCUCUUCAUAGCAGGGUUAUUUUCUUGUGUCUGGUUUGGCUCGAGUGGCAAAAAUCUCUAAAAGAAGCCUUUCGAGAUUAAACCUCCUUAAUCUGACUAUCAUGAAUAAGUUUUUGUUUAGAGCAAAGCAGCUUCCAGUAUUCUGUCCUGGAUGUCUGAUCCGCCCUUCCGAUCUGAUCCCAUCUCACUCAGCGAAAAAGGCGUCUUCUUAACAUCUCAGCUGGCGCUCCACCAAAAUGCCCCCGUCAUGCACACAUGCUUCCUGGCACAAAGUGUGCUGCAUGUGCCUUGUAAACUCUGCCACGCCUUGCUGUUCACCAUAUGCGCUCCUACUCAGUUUGUCAGGAAGGGGGGAGGGUUAAAAAAGGGUGAGACAGGAGAUAAUCAGAAUCAUCAGCUCUUUGCAUCGCUGUUAGCUAAGUCUCAGGUCAUAGCGGAGUGUUGAGAGCCUCCUAAAAUAAGCAGCAACAGAAUCGUCUGUCUGUGUUGAAUGCUUGUAGAGCAGUGUAGAUCAGAAGAUUUUAAAUACUGAUUAAAAAGUAGUCAAUGUCAAAGGUCAUGACAAGGUCAUUUUAAGGAAAGGAAAUGUAGUUUAUAUUUUGGUAGAUAUGGUUGAAACUAGAUAUUUACAUACACUGCAUAAACACAGAUACAAUCUUUUUUUUCCUCACUGUGCUGCUUUGGGUCAAGUAGGAUUAACAAAUGAAUUUCUGUUUGCUAAAUAUCAGAAUGAUGGAUAUUGUUUAGAUGUUCUUUUUUCAGAUUCAGAAGUUUACAUAGAGUUCCUUAGUACUUGUUAGAAUUGCCCUUUAAACUGCAAAACUUGGGUCAAAUGUUUAAAGUGUCCUCCAGAAGCUUUUCACACUGGUUUGCUGAGAUUAUGGCCCAUUCCUCCUAAUAAAACUGACGUAACAGAGUCAGGUUUGUAGGCAGCCUUGUUCACACACCUUUUCAGCUCUACCCCCACAUUUUCUAUUGGAGUGAGGUCAGGGCUUUGUGACAGCCACUCUGAAACACUGAUGUCUUAUGACAUAUUUGCACAUAAUGUUCUUCAUUCAUGAUGUCAACUAUUUUAUUAAGUGCACCAGUCCCUUCUGCACCAAAACAUUGCCCCAACAUGAUGCUACCACCCUCAUACUUCACUGUUGUGAUGGUGUUUUUACACUUGCAAACUUUACCAUUUUUCCUAUAAAUGUAACAUUGGCCAUUGUGGCAAAACACAAUGCAUCUCCCCAAAAAUUAAGGUCUUCAUUCCUGAGUGCAUUUGCAAACUUUAAUUUUUUAUGUUACUUUUGGAGUAAUCGCUUCUUCUGUCGUUGCAGUAUGGGUUUUACUGUGGAUAACGAUGCUCUGUUAGCAGCUUUAGACAGCAUCUCCACAAGGUCUUUUGCUUUUGUUGUGGGUUAAUUUGCAGAUUAUGCACUAAAAGAUGUUAAUCUCUGGCCCACAGAACCCAUCUCCUCCCUGAACUCUGAUGGUUAGACAUUCUCAUGGUGUUUAUAAUUUUUCAAACAGUUGAACGUGGCACCUUCAGGCAUCUGGAAAUUUUAAUUAAGGAUGAACCACACUUUUGAAGGUGAUUCUGGAUGUAUUUUGGAUAUCUUGGAAGAUUUCUUUUGAUUUUUCCUUGAUGUCACACAAGAAUCUGAAGCAUUUGAGGUGCUGCUUUAAAAUACUUCCGCAGAUGUACCUCCGUUUAACCUAAAUGUUGGGAAUCAGAAGCAUAGAUAGCCUUGACCUCAUCAUCUGAGCUUUCCUGAAUUGUUUAAGGGCAUAGUAAUGGUGGUGCAUGUAUACUUUGAAGUAUUAAAAUAUUCUCUAAAAAAAAAUUAUCCUCAUUAUUCUGGUAUCUAAAAAAGAGAAGUAAUUUGGGUAAUCCUAAUGGAUCUAAAACAAGAAAGGUUUAGUUAAUGUCUGACAGUGAGGAAAAAGGGGUUAAGUGUCUUUUUUUUUACCAUGUAUAUAAAUAUUUGGUUCCAAAGCAGUAAAUCAGAGUUUUAGUUAGAAAUGUUUGUUUUAACAACUCGAGCUAAAAUUCAUCUUUCUACACACUUCACAUUGCCAAUUAACCACACUAAUAACGUUUACUGGACAAUGUCGUAUUCUGUUUCAGGGCAUUCUCUUAAGGAACUGCUGGUAACAAAGAAAGGUUAACUAGCAACAUUUUCAUUUAUAUGAUGUACAGAUAAUUGUGAAGUGUCCUGUAUGUAAAAUAAAAAGAAGAAAGUAAAUAUUUA